AUGGUACUGAAAAAGUUCGGAAGUAUAAUACCGUUAAAGAGUAGAGUAUCAGAUAAAUUCGAUGUAACCUUGACGGGGAAUGAGAAGCGGAAUUGGAAUCAGAAUAGAUUACGGCAACGGGAUAAAGCAGCAACAAGCAGUCAGCGGGUCAGAAGAAAUACACAGAAUGAUAAGGUAUCGGUGAGCAAUUGUUUCGGUUUAAAUCUGAGUUAUUUGACUGAUAUGGAAGAUAACAUAGAUGUGCAUUCGAGACUGCCUAAUUUUGAAGAGUUAUUCGGCGAUUGUGGAAAUGAAAAUGAACCAGACAUAUCACCCAAUGAAUCGCCUUUUGAGGAAAGUCUGAGUGAGCAUUUCGAAGUUGAGCAUUUGAAAACUGCGUUCCGAGCGGCCAGCAACGGUGAUAUGAAUACUCUAACGACGUGUAUCUAUAAGUUAGGUAUUCCGGUUGAUACGGAAAGUUUGAAAGGCGUUUCGAUGCUUCAACUUGCAGUUACUGGUGACCAUAUCAAAGCAGUCAAGUUCUUGAUUGAUCUCGGAGCCGAUGUUAAUAAAGCGACGUCUCGUGGGCGAACACCACUCUUAACCGCAGCCAGAUAUGGUGCUAUAAAUUCGAUGAAAUUUAUUCUCGAUAUUCUUUGUCGUCAAGAAAAGGAUCGUUUGAAAAAACUGAACGCAGAACAGAAAACGUCAAACGAUAAAGAUGGCUAUAAGUUUCUGCUGGUAUCGGAUGAAAAUAACGAUAGUGCACUCCAUUUGGCAUGUCGAGGAAUUGACUAUAAAUGCGUUAAAGUAUUAUUACGCGUACUGAUCCAGUGUUUGGGUUGGCAGAAAGUGGAAAAGAUACUAUCAGAAACGAACGAACGAGGCUAUGCGCCGAUUCACAUUGCGUGUAUGUGGCGUAGUAUCAGUGUCGUUCGACUACUGCUAACCAGUCAACUCAACAAAACGAUCGCCAAAGUGUGUCCGUUCGCAAGAACCUCUCGCAUUGCAAAUUCGCUUCGUAAUGCCUCAUUGAAUGCGUUGAUUACCGCAAAACUUCAAACAGGCUCAAUACUGCACGAGAUGGCGUGUAGUAAAGCGUGUAGCAGAUGUGCGUGUGAUGCGGGUUUGGCGCAACCGAAUAGUGAUGUAUCGUCGGUGUUGUGCGCCAUUCAAGGACUUCCGAUGAGCUUGAUUGCUGAAUACGAGGUUGACGACAUGGAUUUACCGGAUAGAAAGUGUAUGGACUGCGAGAAAAGUUAG